CGUCGUCUCCCUCGGUACUUGGUAUUAUCGCGCCCUCCGACGACGACGCGCAACUGCCGCCGUCAUGCCAAUGCGAUAUGCGUCCGUCCCGAGCCUUUGUGUUCAGUCGUUUCGCAUAAUACGUGGGACGUAGUCGACCCUGAAACAAUAGCGUCCCGUGACGCGAGCGUUAGCCCGGUGAUCUGUGCGCGCCGUGCGCCCGCGUUCUGAUGACCGUAGUAUUUAUUUUCUUAUUUUCGCGGAAACCACGUCCGGCCGGCCGACGUCCGUGGCGAGCAAUUGUACGGUCGGGUCGUCAUCGAACGAGUCGGAAAAUCGCCUGCUUCGUUGACACCACUGUGGACAGGAGUCGUACGAUGCGCGAGCCAUGACGUUGUGCCACAGCGAAACCCGGAGGAAACAGCGGCGGACCAACGGGCUGCAGAUGCCGUGGCACCCGCAGCAAGUGGUUGGUUGGUUGGUGUUGGCUACGUUCGGAGCCUGUUCAUUCGGCAUUCUGUUGCCCGGUCUCGGGCCCAAUCUCUACCCAAUAGCGCUAUUCGUGUUGGGCAGCCUGUUCUUCUUGCACGUCGUUUCGCACGUGGCCGCGCUGCUUAUCGACCCUGCGGACCCGCAACUCCGUGCACUCCAUCAGGACGACGGAACAAAAAACGUACCGGAGCUGGACAAGAGCAAACAUGCGCACGUCAUCGAGAACGGUAAGUGUCACUUGUGCAACAUCUACACAUCCGGCCAACGAACCAAGCACUGCGGAUCGUGUAAUAAGUGCGUGGAGAAGUUCGAUCACCACUGCAAGUGGCUAAACCACUGUAUCGGUGCCAGGAACUACGUGGCUUUCAUCGUGAGCGUCGUGUCGGCCGUGCUCGCCUGUCUCUUCAUUGUGGUGUUAGCGGCCGCCGAGCUGCUGCUCUACAAUACGGACUCUACGCGCGUCGACCGCUACCUCAGGACAUUGUCCUUCAACCGGACCGUCCAAACGAACCAGUUGUUUAGCGUCAACCGCAUGCCGGUCGACAGAAACAUGUUCGUGGCCAUUGCUUCGGUACAAUGCGCUCUGGCCUUAAUCGCAAUGGUGCUGCUUAUGCACUUGUGCGUGUUCCACGUGUACAUAUCCGCGUUGGGUAUCACCACGUACGAGUACAUCAGGAACUACAGGCGGUACCCGGAGUUCGAUUCCAGGAACGGCGCGUCGUCGUCGUUGUCCAAUAACCUGUCGAUCGGCUCCAAGAAGUCUUCCAUGCUCACCAGACUGUACGGAUCAACGUGCUGUUAUGGCAACACCGCAUCGUCGGUGAGCCGACGGAAGCGGCCGGCCUGCGGCAUCCACUCGAACCUGAACGGCACGCAACAGCCAGUGGAACACCAAAACAGCGACGGUGGCGGCGGCGGCAUCGUGGCCGUGGAGACGGUUGAGUCGUACAGUGGACGUGGCGGCGGUGGCAGCGUUAGCGGUAUACUGCAGAUGAAGGAUCUGGAGACGAGACCGGACGACCGUGUGCAGAAUGUGCCAAAAUGCCGGUACUGCCUGGAGAAAAACCGGGUCCAGGGGAACGCGUUCUUCGUGCUGGGCAAACGGAAAGGUUUCUGCUGUUGUUUCCAAAAGCCCGAGCCGGUGUUCGAGCGGACCACCAUGAUGCAUCACGUUAAGGUGCCGCCGUCUCCGUUCGCCGUGCGCCGGAACCGUGUGAUACCGGCCGGCGGCGAUCAGCUGUCAAUGGUUAGCGACUGGAAGUCGUUCAACUCGAGCCCUUUGUCGUCAUUACCGGCGCUGUCCCAGUCUGCCGGCCACCAUCCGAUGCAGAAGAUCACCCUCAAGGAGCUUGGUCAGGUGCUAGCAUUUGUCGAACAGCAACCACUCAGGAAGCAUCACCGGCGCGUCAAGGGCGUCGGAGGGGGCUCGGCGCAGAUCAAACAUUCCAAGUCUUCGUCCAACCUGUCGCCGAUCCACGAGUCGGGCUUAUCCAAUCCUUCGACACCCCAACUGAAAAACCGGUAUCCACAAACAAGACCGUGCAGUUGGCUAACGUCUUCCCCACACAACACUUCGAAAAGUGCGUGAUUUUACUGUGUUUGUUUUUCUCCGGCUCUCUUCUCGGCUGCCCAUCCACCCCUUCCUGGUCGUCUAAGCCCAAUUUAUUUGGAGUGUUUUGAGUUUUCUAUGUCUAGUAGUUUUUUUGCCCUUUAUGUUUAAUGAAAUCAGUGUGUGUGUGUUUUUUUUUUUUGUAAAAGGCGAACGUGCGUAAUGUAGUAUGUGUUGUAGAUAGAACCUCUUACUAGAAAACAGGGUGAUCCAAUUAUAUCGAACCAGCGAUUUUCUCGGAGGAUUUUAAGUAAAUUUGAUAUUUGCUUACCAAUAAUUGUAAAAUCGUUUAAUCUUUAUUUUAACAUUGUUUAAAAUGUUUUACCCUUAAUCUAUAAAAUACCUUAAAUAAGUAAGUGUAAACUUUUGAUUUUCAAAGCGAACCCCCCCCCCCUUUUUUUUAACACAGAUUCGAGUAGAGAAUAUAUUUCUAAAAACGUUGAUAUGUUUUAUACCAGCGGUUCCUAACCUAUGGUACGCAAUUUUUUUGCACAUUUUUUUUCACAUUAAAAUUAAAAAUUGUAAUUUAAAUAUUAAGAAAUUUACCUAAAAAUUAUGACUUUUUUUUUUACUUUUAUAAAUAUCAAACAAUAAAAAAUAUUAAUAAAUGAAUUAAUGAUAAAAUACAUAUUUAAAAAAAAACAAAAAUUGACUCCUAAUUUAGUUUUAGAAUUAAUGUGAUACGUGUAUUGAUCAUAAAAGUGUCAAGUGGUAUUCGAUGAUUAAAAAGGUUGGGGACCCCUAUUGUAUACCAAUAUCGGAUUAACCACAUAUAGGUUUGUAUAACACCUUAAAGUUUAAACCGGAAGAGUUGGGAAAGAUUAUGAAUUUAUCAUCUAAAAAUGGAUAUUAUGAAGUUUAUGACUCGGUAUAAAUGUUGUAACUGUUCUAACUCAUAAACAGUAAAUUUGAUAUUAGUUAUAUUAUUCGAAUAAGCAUUUUUAAAAAAAUAUUCUAUAUUCAAAUAGAUUAGGUUAGGUUCUAAAUUAAAAGGGAGUGGGGGGGUCCUAUUUGAAAAUAAAAUUAAAAGUAUAUGCUCCUUUAAGGUGUAAGGACUAAGGGUAAAGUAAUAAAAAAAAAAAACAAAAAUCAAAUUCGCCCAAAAUACUCUUGGAAAAUUGUUAAUACCUGCUUGAUGAAUGGCUUACUCUGCAUUAAAAUAUGAAUAAUGAUAGUUAAUAUCUGGCGGGGAUCGUAAACCUCGUUAUCGUGGACUUUUUCAUUUUCUAUUUUAUACACAUGUAUAUAUAUAUAUAUGUAUAUACGUGUACGUUUUUAUCGUAACAGUAUAAUAAUUAUGAUUGACGUUUACACGAAAGUCGACGAAUAAUAUCACUAACAAUUCGAACCGAUGAAGUUAUUCACUUCUGGUAACGACACGAAACAAAAGUACCUAUUAUUAUUAAUAUAAUCGGUAGGGGCGGUAGUGGGAGGACGAUGGGUUCAACUGCCUGUUGAUAUAAUGUGAGCCGAAUGUUUGUAGCUGUGUAAAAUUAUCAUAUUUUAAUAUUUUUUCAUUUUUAUAAAUUAUAUAUUAUUAUUUUUUAAUAUAAUAUUGUGUGAAAUAUAUAGGUAACUUAAUCCGUGGCUACAUAACACUUUGUCCACGGCUAAAAUGUUUAGCCAUGACUGAGUAGUGCCUAUUAUAUUUUGUAUUAAUUGUCCAAUGUCCAUAUUACGAUUAUUACUAUAAUACUAUGUACCUACUAUUGUUUAUAAAUUAAAAACAACAAAUUAUUAGUAACCUAGUGGGGGUAUUUAAAUAUAUAAAUAUAAAAUAAAUAUUAUGUGAUCAUAGUAUAUGUGUACUAUAGUUUAAGGUUUUGAAAAAAAAAAAAAAAACGGAAAUGUUCAUUUAAAGUUUAUAAAUUAUAUUAUAACAAUUCAAAAACAAUUAUUGAGUUUCAUAUUAUUAUUUUUUAUAUAUUUUUACUGUUAGUUAAGUUUAAAAAAGGAAAUUUAGUAUUUGUUUCAUAUUUCCAAACAAAUAUUGAAAUGAAAAAUGUGUAGAAACUUUUAACUUUGUAUUCUACUACAAAUUUUAGUUUUGGUUUUUUUAAAUAGGCUGUUUGCCAUAUAUUUUAUUUAAUAUUUGAAUAACAUAGCAGAUGUAUUUAUUUUAUGAAUAAUAAUUGUGUUCAUUUAAAAUACAGAAUCAUUUUUAAUGAUGUUUUGAAUGUCUAAAACAUUUAUCAAUUCUUCCAUUUCUUUUCAUUAUUUAUUUAUCAACUCAAAUAACAAAUAGGAAAUCAAACAUUGUGAUUUAUAAAUUGAAUUUAUUUUAUAUAAAUUUAAAAUUCAGAAGUCAACUUGACACUUUCUUCUUGUAAUCUUAAUAUUAAAGUCUAUCUAACAUUUUAUCAAAUUUUUUCUCCUACUUGAUAUUAUUAUUAAUGUUAACUAUGACUAACAUUUAUUUUCCAAUUAUAAUUUAGUAAUAAAUGAUUUUCUUGCAUUUUUAUGUAUAAUUUGUCUUUUAAGUAUAGAUUAUUAAUUAAUAAAUUAUAAUUACUCAUACAGUUUUUGUUAGUUUCGUAGAAAAAUAACUUAGGUGUAUUAUUAAAUGUUUUCAAAUGUGUAUUGUAUAAUGGUAUAUUAUUAUAUUUGAAAUGUAUCAAAUAUUGUGUUUUAUUUAUUUUUACAUAAUAAAAAUGGCAUCUGUCCAUAAUUUAUGGUAUUAUUUUAUUGACAAAUAUAACCAUUAAAGUUAUAGAAUGAAUGUGUUCAAAAUGAAAUAUAGUAUGUAAUAAUAAACAUCUUUGUAAAACUAUAGCUCCACUCAGAAUCUAAAAUGUUGAUAAAAUAUCAAUAAAAGUUAUUAUACACACAUUUAUUUUAUUUCACAUAGUCUAAAAAACACAAUAAUAAUAAAAAAAAACAUUGUGAUAAUGUCAUACCUAGUACAUUUGAUUAAAUAUUCUUGGUAAAUAUAACUAAGUAUGUAUUUUUUUUUAUCUGUGUACAACUUUUCUACCAGAAGACUAGAUAAGAUUUUUAAGUGUAACGCCUUUUUUGAAAGGAAAUGGGUGUGAAAAAAUACUUUAGGGAAGUCAUUUUUCAAUUUUCUUAUAAAAUUUGAAAAACCGAAAAAAAACAAAAAAAAACUGGGAAAAUCGGUACAACAUUUAAACAAAUAUUAUUAAAGAAAAUAAAUAAAGCCUAAUUAAUUAUUUUACUAUAAAAUGACAUAUAUUGUUGUCAAAACAUCAUCAUCAUCAACUGAACUCCGCUCAGAAUCGAUUUCACAUUUUUCUUUUAAAAUAUUCAUAAAAUAUAAUUUAUUAAAACAAUGAUGAUAUUUAAUAUACCAAUGUAAGUAAAUAGGUACUACUAUCUAGGAGAAAUAGUAACAAACAAGUUUUUUUUCUAUGUAUGUAAAAAAAUUAAUUGUUUUAAUGGUUUACUUAAGAGUAUUUUUAUAUUCGAGUUUUUUAUGACAAGACAAAUAAUUUGAUUGAUAUUUACUUUUGUUAAAAUAACAUAAAAAUGUUUAUAGUGUAUACAUACUUAGACUGAAAUUAUUUUGCCAAAAAAAAAAACAAAUAUUGUUUUAAUAUAAAACUGUAGAUUAAUUCUGUUUUAUUUUUUUAUUUUUUAUAUAGUUAAAAUUAUGGAACCAAUAAAAAAUAUAUGGGAUAAUCUUGGAAAACCAAAAUAUGUCUUAGCACCAAUGGUAGAACAAAGUGAAUUAGCUUGGCGGAUGUUAUCACGUAAACAUGGUGUUCAAUUGUGUUUUGCACCAAUGUUACAUAGUCAUAAUUUUGUUCAAGAUCGAAAAUAUCGCAAAGAAUUUUUUACUACGUGUCCUGAAGAUCGGCCUUUAGUUGUACAAGUACAGUGAAAACAUUCUUGGUUAAGUUCGAUAAUGUUUAAAUUAAUUGAAAAAAAUAAUUUGUUUUAUGUAAUAAAGUUUUGUGGUAAUGAUCCAAACAUUUUACUACAAGCUAGUAAAUUAGUUGAAGAUUGUUGUGAUGUCAUUGAUCUUAAUUUGGGUUGUCCGCAAGCUAUAGCUAAGCGUGGAUUUUACGGUUCUUUUCUUCAAGACGAAUGGAAACUUGUGUCUAAUAUUGGUAAGUUCUUACUGAAUAAAUUAAUAACAAAUCGAAUAUAGUAUUGAUAUUUAAAUACAUUUUAUAUUAUAGUUAAAACAUUGCACGCAAAUUUAAAAGUGCCGGUUUCUUGUAAAAUACGUAUUUUUGAAGAUUUAACAAAAACUAUUGCUUAUGCUAAAAUGUUAGAAGAAGCCGGUUGUGAAAUGUUAUCCGUGCAUGGUCGAACAAGGGAUCAAAAAGGACGGUUGACAGGAAUAGCCGAUUGGAGUCAAAUAAAAGCUGUGAAGUAAGAUAAAAAUGAAUAAGGGCAAUUUAUGUUUUUUAGAAUAGGUUUUCUAAUAUAUUCUGAAAUUAAAGUAUACACCCAAACAAAUGUCAUUGUAAUUAAUUUUGUUAAAUAGCAUAAUUAGUAUUGUUAUUAUUUAUUCAAUACAAAAUAUUACUUACCUAUAUGUUAUAAUAUAAUAUAGUAUAUAAUGGGCCCCGCUAAGCAAGCUCAUAUAUGAGUCCAUGAAUCUUAACUAUAGCAAUUACAAUUUAUUUUUAAAUACAUUGAAUUAUUAAACUUUAAAACUAUUUAAACUUGACAUAUUUAACAUAUAUAAUUAUUAAAAAAUAGAAUAUUGAUGAAAUCAACAGUCUAGGUUAAUAAUCAAUAGUUUGUUGUAGUAGCCAGUUUGGUAAAUUUAGUUUGAAUAUAACAUAAUACUAAUAUUAAACAAUAAGUAUCAUUUCUUUUUUUCACUAUAACAUAGUAAGUAGUGAUUAAUUUAUAUUAUGAUUAAUUUUAAAAUAGUACAUUACCAUUAAGAUAGGCAAAAUUAUAAAGAAUAAAAAAUAAAAAAAUAAAUUUAAAUUUACUUAAAAUAGUUAAAACUAUUGUUAUUCUGUUUUUUUUUUAGAGAAAAUGUAAAAAUCCCUGUGUUGGCCAAUGGAAAUAUACUUAUACAUCAAGACGUACAAAGAUGUUUAGAUGAAACCUUGUGUGAAGGAGUUAUGUCUGCUGAAGGACAUCUUCAUAAUCCAUACAUUUUUGAUAAUCAGUCACCUCCAGUUUGGGAACCAGGACUUGAGUAUUUAGAUUUUAGUGAACAAUAUCCUUGUCCGCUUUCAAAUACUAGAGGUCAUCUAUUUAAACUCUGCUACCACUUGUAUGUGAAUAAACUAUUAUUUUUAGUAGUUUAUUAAUUAAUAUUUAGUAUUUUAUUUUUAAUUAUUCUAGAUUUAGUCUUCCUGAAAAUGAAUCAGUUAGGGAGAUAUUAGCAAAAGGUCAAAACCGUGAUGAUUUUAGAAACGCUGUUAAGCAGUUAAAAGAAAAGUAUUUACCAUAUCAUUCUGGCCAAUUGCCUUGGAAUAACAAUCAAACUGGUAUACAAAUAUUUUGUUAAAAUUAAAUUUUAUUUUAAAAAUAUUAAGAACCUUGAUAUUCUAUAAUAUUAUUUUAGAUUAUAACUUGGUUUUCCCACCUUGGUUAUGUCAACCAUUAAUUCGUGCAUUACCACAAAGUAAUGUAAAUGGAAUGGAAAAUAGAGAAGAAGUGAAUAAAUCAAAAACGUAUGAAAAAGAAGUAUGUGAUUGUAUUAUUUAAUUUAUUAUUCAUAUUUAUUUGAAAACAUUGUACGAUUCAAAUAUAGAAUUUAAAAAGAAGUAUUGAAGACUGCAACGAUCCAUUGAAAUUGUCUAAAAAAAAGUUAAAGCAGUUAAAUAAAUUAAAAAACAAAGAAAUUAGGUGUCAAAGAAUACUUGAAGAAUUAUGUUCUGAAUGUCGAAAUCCAAAGGUAUAGUGCUUUACAAAAUAGCAAUGCUUAUAAAUUAUAAAAACAAUAUUAUUUAUUUUAAUAGUUUAAAAUAAUUCACUUAUGUAAGUGUACAUAUAUGAUAUAUAUGUAUAUAUGAUUAAAGUACACUAAUCCCUUGUUAUUCACAGUUGAGUUGGAAGUACCUAUAUAUUUUAUAGUUAUACGACAUAUAAGAUAUUUAUGUGUGACACUUGUACAGUGUUUCUAAUUAAUUUAUUGAUUUAAAGUGGUUUAGUUAUCCACACUGUUGUUAUCUGUGAAACUUUCCUAGAACUUGAACAUUUAUUAUAAUAUUAAUGAUCAAGACACAACAUUAGUAGCACUUAAAAUCCACGAAAAUGUGAUAAAAAAAAUCCCUGAAAUCACUUUCAAAAUAAUAUUUAAAAAAUCUAAAACGGUAGAGGGGUUUUAAGUGUUUCCACCUACAACUGUAACUUAUUAAAUAACAUUUUUUAAAGCUACAUAACACAACAUAAUACAAAGCAAUUUUAUUUAAACAAUAUUGUACAUAUUUCAAAAAAAAAAAAAUUACUUGUGUUAAUCAUUAUUUUAGUGUUAGAAAAUAUUAUUAAUUAAAUUAGAGUAGUUUUAUAAACCUUAGAAGAGAAACUUUUAAAUUCCUCUACCAUUUUUACAUUUUUAAAUAUUCUUUAAAUGCUUAUUUCAAAAAAUUUUUGCCAUUUUGAAGUGCUAUAAGUCCUGAGCUCUGUUAAUGACUUUUAUUAAAUAUUUUCUAGGGUUUGAAAUGUGAAUAUAAACUUUGUAAAAAAUGUUGUCGAAAUAAAUGUUAUCUGGAAAUUGGUGAUUGUAUUGGUCAUCGUAUAUAUGUAAAAACAAAGAAAAACUGGUCUCAACAUAAAGAAAAAGGUGCGUAUUUAUAAAUUGCCAGUGUUUGUAGAACUGGACAAUACUGUUAGUCUUCUGUUACUGUUUCAUCAAUAUAUCCUCGUGUUAAAACAAAUAGUUAUUCUAUUUAAAUGUGUUUCAUACUAAAAAAAAUCACAUUUAACACCUAGGUAUAAUAAAAAUGUGUUUUUGUCCCUAUGUUUACUUUUAUAUUUAUUGUAUAACAUAAAUAAUUAUUCUUCCUUAUGUACCGAUGUAUUAUUAUUUAAAUAUACACAAUUUUAUUUUUUUUUUUGCAGAGAAAGAUUACAGUGAUCAACAAAUUAGUUCUGAAGUUUCAUGAAAAAUGAGGACUUAUAAAAGUUUUUUUGUUUAAUAAACAGUU